AUGUUGUCACUUGUGUCGCUAAAACUACCAAAGUUCGUGCUAAAAGUCUUGUUGCCGCUUGUGGUUCUCACGGCUAUUCUCACGAUGGUGACGUUCCACUCAGGUGUCAACGUUUCUCACCUUAACAAUCUCUAUGAUUCCGUUAAAGCAAAUACCAACGAGAUCACCAACCAAUUUUUGAACCCCGAUUACGUUAAUACCGAGGUCAUGACAGUAGGUCAUCGCAUUUUGCCACAGAAUGUGCGCUUCCAGUUUAUGGAUACAAAGAAUAAAGACGGAACUCCAGAAGAAGUUCUCAAGAAGAAUAUGGAAACAUAUGACAAGGUAUUAAAAACUGAAAUCAACGAACCAAAGGACUUCGAAGUGUCCACAAUUUACGCGCCCGAGGAUCCACUGACAUAUCAGAGAGAGAAUGCCACCAUCAUGGCCCUAGUGAGAAACAGCGAAUUCCUGGCCAUCAGAGGCACCAUCAGGCAGUUCGAGCAAAAGUUCAACAGCAAGUUUCUCUAUCCAUACACAUUCUUGAACGACCAGCCGUUUACAGAUAGUUUCAUGCAGCGUGUGCGUGGUCUCACCAAGGCAGAGGUGAAUUUUGUUCAAAUUCCUCCCGAUGUGUGGAAGAAGCCCAGUUGGAUCGAUGGAGCAAAAGAGCGGGAGAAGAUGGACCGCUUGGAGAGUCUUAAUGUUGCAUAUGCCAAGAAAGGUUCUUAUCAUAACAUGUGCCGUUUCUACUCCAAAUCCUUCUAUAAUUUGCCUGAGUUGCAGAAGUACAAGUACUACUGGAGAAUUGAGCCAAAGGUCAAGUUCUAUUCUGACAUUAAGUAUGAUGUGUUCAAAUACUUGGCCAAGACAAAAAAGAUCUAUGGAUUUACCAUCAAUCUUUACGACAUCGAUGAAAGUAUCGAGACGUUGUAUCCAGAGACCCUCAAGUUUCUCAAUGAAGGCGACAAUUAUAAAUACGUUCAUGAGAAUGGAGCAUUCCAGUGGAUGACUGAGAACCAACAGAAUCCUAAGAAGGCCCAAGUCGCAAAGGGCUACUCCACGUGCCAUUUCUGGUCCAACUUCGAGAUCGCAGACAUGGAUUUCUUCAGAAGCAAGCCAUAUAACGAUUGGGUCGAGCAUUUGGACAAAACGGGCAAUUUCUACUACGAGCGGUGGGGAGAUGCUCCUGUGCAUUCGUUAGGAUUGGCCCUAUUUGCCGACAAACGACUGAUCCACUGGUUUAGAGACAUUGGAUACUACCAUGCCCCAUACAUUAACUGUCCGAACAGUCCCAACACGAAAGGAUGUCAGGUAGCGAAGUUUGAUGAGAGCAACCACAAUUUGGACCAGAAUUGUAUGGCUACAUGGAUAGACUACGAGAUUGACAAUUUGGGAGCCAUUUACUAA